UUUGGAGUAGGACUUAUGUGACUCUGAGGUGAGAACAAUAGUUCUUUCUCACUUAUUUUAUAUUGUGUGAUAUAGAAACAUGUUUUAAGACGGAGGGGUUGGCUCUUGUCAUGUGUAGACUAGUUUUGCCUAUAUGCAUAAGUAAUUUUAAUAUAGAUCAUGGUUCAACUUGAGUUCAUAAUCGAGUCUUGAUUUUGGAUCUGGAUCCAAUUCAUUAGCCAAUUAAAUUGGGUCGUGUUAUUAGGGCCAUGAAAAAAUAUUUUAGAUCCAAUAGGACAUUCAGAUUGGGUUGGGCUCGAGCAUGAGCCCAACCUAACGCAGAAUAUUCUGGCUUAGGUCAAAUUUGAGCCAAGCUAGAUUUGUAGUUUGAGUUAAAUAUUUGGCUAUCAUUAACUAAAUAUAUAAUAAUUGUCAGUCAAGUAUAAAAUACUGAAUAUUAUUAAACAAACUAAACAAAUGUCAAAUUAAACAUGAAUUUUUAUUCAAAAAUUUGAUACAAAUAGUAGUCAUUCUCAGAGAACAAGCUUACAACUACAAUUUUAAAUAAUAAAUAUCAAUAUCUUUGAGAAUAUUGUAAAUAAAAAUCCACUGAAAUAAACAAUACAUACUUAAAUAUAGUUAAAUAAGAGUAGAUGAGGUUAUUCGGAUAAACAAAGAAAAAGUAAUUCAGUUGAUGGAUUGCUCGACAAAUUUAAAAUGAAUUUUGAGGAGAAGAAUAAAAGGUAUAGGUAGGUCGGAUUCAAUACAGAGCGCAGACCCAAUUUGAUUUUUAAUUUUGGGUUUACUUUUUUGAUCCUGAUCCGAUCAAUGAGUUUCCAAAAAGGAUCAGAUUGUAUCUAAUCAAGUUGUUGUGAAAUUGGGUUAGAGGUUGACCUGAUCCAUUUGCAGCCCUCGCCAGGGUCGCCCCCUUUUGACCUUCAAUGAUAAUGCCACUUAGCUUUUCCGAAGAUAAGAUUUCAUGCACGCGGACGCUCUGACCAUUCACGCGAACCUUCGCGAUGGAUAUGCUUUCUAUUUCUAAAUAAUCGUCUACCACAUAGCGUUCUAUUCUUUUGGGUCGAUAAGCAAACACCUCGCAGGCUCUCACCUCCUUCCUCGUCCUCUUCGCCCAUGGACGCCCUCUCCACCCCCGUCUCCUCCCUCCGCCCCGGCGCCUUCCUAUCAACCCCCCACCCCCGAGACCUCCCCAAUCUCCUCAAACCUCACCCAUCCUCCCAUCUCCUCCCCAACCUCUCCGCCAAGCCCAAACCGCCCUCGCAAUCCCUCUCCCUCGACCCCCACAAACCCCUCCCCCACCUCUCCCUUUCCUCCCCUCCCCGCCCCCACCCCCUCUCCAAACCCUCCACCCACGUCCACCGCCGCACCGCCACCGGCUACGCCGCCGCCCUCGUCGACGCCGCCCGCUGCGACGGUGCGCUCGACGCCGUGGAUCGGGACGCGAGGAGGCUCCUCCACGCGGUUUCCGAGAAGGAGGAGAAGGGGGAGGCGGUGACGGCGGCGGCGGCGGCGGCGGCGGCGGCGGCGGCGGAAGGCGGCGGGUUUUACAAGCACGUGGUGGCGCUGGUGAGGAUGCUGGUGAGAAAGGGGAAGGCGGGGAUGGUCAGGGAGGUGAUGGCCGAGGUGAGGAGGAUCUGCGACGAGCUGAGCGGGACGCAGGUGGUGGUUGUGUCGUCGCAGAGGAAGAUGGAGGAGGCCGAGCUGCAGGGAAUCGCCAGGGAGGUGGCGAGAGUGAGCGGAGCGGCCAAGGUGAAGGUGAGGCAUGUGUUUGCCGUAUAACCAGCUCUCUGCUCUGGUGUUACUGUCUCCGUAUGCCUUCUGAAAACAAGAAAAUAAUGCAUGGCUGUUGUUGAACUUCUAUUUGUUCAUGGGAUUGCUCACCGCCAAAUGACACAUAGUUUGCAGCUCCUUUCAUGUCGAAAUGAAAUGAAAAGAAAACUCCUCAACUUUAGUACUAUUUU